GGCAACUAAGCGUGGUUAAGUACAAACAGAUAACUGUUUGAGAUAAGAUUGAGCUAGUUCACUUAAUUAUUCAAAAUACAUGCUAUAAUGUUAUGAUUAAUCUUCAUAGAGUCAGAAAUCAUGGAAACAAUAAGAUUUGUACCUGAUGAUGAAGAAGAGGAUUUAUAUUCAGGUUUUAACGAUUUCCCUUCUGCUCUGUUUAAUACUAAAAAUCUGGAUCAGGAUGAAUUUGUUCAGAUGGCACUUCGGUCAUCAUACAGCAAAAGACCAGGUUUGGUGUCAUCUAAACCUGGCACGGCCAUGCGGUUUUGGAACAUCUUCAGGGAAACCAUUUCCGAGCCUGACCAUUUCUGGCGAGUGGGAACCGUGGAAAGACUUAGGAAACGCUGGCAAUGGCGUCUACUGAACAAGUCCGCGUGA